UGGUUUUUGUUUUUUUAUAUUCUGAUUUUCUUCCCCCUCUAAAUUCCAAAAAUUGCAAGCUUUUUCUUCUUAUUUUUUUGUAAUUCUGACUCGUUUACAUUUUGACUUUUUUUAAGCUUUCCUUUUCUUUUCUUUUUAGAAAUUCUGGGUUUAAAUCUCACAAUUUUGAUAUUUUCGGUAUAUACUCACUUUACAUUUUGCAAUCUUCUCAAAAUCCAGCGUCAUAAAAGAGUGCUCCUGUGAUGGCGGGGAUGCCUGGCUCUUCUCACGUGUGCCUGCUGGUCUUGACUCUGCUCUUCCUGGUCUUUGAGAUUGUUGUGGGCCAGAUUUGCAGGUCUCUCCUGAUCGCGGUGGACAGCUUCCACACGCUCCACGUUUUCAUAAAUCUGGCUCUAUCGGCAGUGAAGCAUCCUUCUAGUUCUCCCUGCUCCACGACUGCUGGUCCAUCCCAUCCGAACAUCUCUUCUCCGGGAGCUGAGGACUACAGAAGGAUGCGUCUCAAACCCUUCGGCGUCCUGAUCUCCGCUCUGCUCAUGGCAUCUCAGUGCGUCUCCAUUAGUCUGGAGAUUCUCACACACCUUGUCCAGCCUGAACCCAUUCAACACCCGCCCCUGUCCAUCGCGGUCGGAGGAACUAGUCUGAUAUUCAAUAUACUUGUCUUGGCCUGGAGAAGAAGCAGCAGCAGAGGCACCGAUGGAGCUGCUGAUGGGUUCAGCAAGAGUCUGAUGAGAAAAGAGCCUCAGUCUACCUCAGAACGCAAAGGAGAUGCUCUUCAAGAUGAUGCACUGAUGUUCUGCAACCCCGAAGCAUCUAGUGUCCUGGAUCCAGAUCAAGGCUGCUCUGCUGAGAUCCUGAAUCCCAGCGCCUCUGAACCAGUUCGGUCCAGUCUCGCUCAAACGUCCGUUCCCCGGGCCAGUGGAAGUUCUCAGGACAUCGUUCAGCGUUCAGAGCGACUCCCAGAAGAACCGCGCCACUCCACCGGCACUGAACCCGCCGUUUCCCCGUGCGCUCCCGGAAGCCGGCGGCAGCUGUGCUCCAUCGGCGAGAUCCAGGACCUCCUGGCUUCGGUGCUGAUUUUGACCAACGGUCUGGUUCUCCUGCUGUCUGCGGCGCACUGCCAUCGGCCUCACUCGGACUGUCACCUCCUGGUGUAUCUGGACGCUGCUUUCUCCGUCGUCUGCGUGCUGGUGUUGUUCUCGGCGGCCGUGCCGAGGCUGCGGCGCUACGGGCUGCUGGUGCUGCAGGCCGCUCCGCUGCAUCUGUCCGUGGCUCAGGUGCGCCUGAGGCUCGCGGGGGUCCCGGGGGUGCUGUCGGUCCACGAGCUGCACGUGUGGCAGCUGUCAGAGGAGCUGCUGGUGGCCUCGCUGCACGUUCGGUGUCCGGCCGGCCUGAGCGCAGAGCGGUGCGCGGAUCUGAUGGCAAGGAUCACGGCCGUGCUGAACGCUUUCGGCGUCGAGCGCUGCACCGUGCAGCCGGAGUUCGUCCGGAGCGGAGUGGCGGCCCGGGGCGGCUCGGCCUGCAGCUUGAGCUGUGGGCAGGAGUGUGCGGGGAAGCUCUGCUGCUCGCCUCAGCUGGAAGAAACCAGCUGUCCUGAGAGUCCUGUUCGCGUCCAGGACGAGGGAUCCUGCUCUCCAGCGCCGCACAGCGCCGAUCAGAUGAAAGAUGUGGUUAUUGAGAACACGUACUUGUGAUGAUUAAAGGGUCGUCAUAUUCCAAUCUAUUCGGCUGAUCUCAGGUUCUGGAGGUAGCACUUUUAGCGUAGCUUAGCAUAGAUCAUUCAAUCUGAUUAGACCGUUAGCAUCUCUCGCUCAAAAGAGAGUUUCAGUAUUUCUCCCAUUUAACAGAGUCUUUUGUAGUUGUGUACUAAGACCAGUGGUUCUUGUGAAACUUCUUCACAGCCAAGAAGUUCCUUCUUUGGAAGUGUUUUCCUUCUUUUUCAAUGGCUUAGAAGCAGAAAGCUGAAUGAGUGGUUGCACGUAUGUACGGGGGAGUGGCUUGGCAUGCAAACUCAACAAUUUCAUUGGCCUUUUCUCUUAAGCUCAGAGGUAGGUGAUAAGAGUCCCCAAGUAGUGACUGACUGAAAGGGAACUUCACAGUAUACUGCUAUGUUUUGUCUAUUCCGCAUUAUUUAAAGUUGAUGGCUCACCCAACUCGAAACCUCGGAUAUUUUAUACUGAGUUUCCCAGUGGUAAAUAUGGCUUAUUUGACAACAAUAAUUCCUUCUAAUUUAAAUGCAUUACUUUACUAGUUCCCCCCAGAACUGCUGAUAUCACUGUAAGUACUGUACAAGACUAAA